AUGAUGUCUUAACUUAAGUCUCUUGUUUGCGAGGUCUUCGAUGAUAUCUAGCUAGGGUUCCAAGUCCAAAGCUCAAGCUAUAGAAGAAGAAACGAAAGAAGCAAAAUCACAAGGAGAAACACACACACACAAAAAAAAAAUGGUGGAAAUAAACCACUCUUCAUCACCAAACCAAAUGUGUCUCAAACCCUUCUUCUUCUUCUUCUUCCUGUCUCUCAACUUGCCUUGUCUUCGUGCAAAUGAACUCGAUAUUCUCUUAUCCUUCAAAUCAUCACUCAACGACCCUCUUCAAUUCCUCUCUUCUUGGUCCUCUUCUUCUAAUCCCGAGUUAACGGCCGACGUGUGUAAAUGGAACGGCGUCGUUUGUGACGUGUCAUCGUCCCGUGUCAUCUCUCUCGACCUUUCCGGCAAAAACAUCUCCGGACAGAUCUUGUCGUCGGAUGUUUUCCGGUUACCCUUUGUCCAAACCAUCAACCUCUCCAACAACAAGUUGUCGGGUCCUAUCCCUCACGAUAUCUUCUAUACUUCCUCUCCUUCUCUUCGUUACCUCAACCUCAGCAACAAUAACUUCACGGGUUCGGUUCCUAAGGGUUUUGUCUCCGGUCUCCACACGUUAGAUCUCUCGAACAAUAUGCUGUCGGGGCGAAUCUUUGAAGAUAUCGGUUCUUUCUCCGAUCUUGAAGUUCUUGAUCUUGGUGGAAACAUCUUAACCGGUCCUGUACCGGCCUCAAUCGGUAACCUCACGAGGUUGGAGUUCUUGACGUUGGCAUCAAACCAAUUAACCGGUGAAUUACCUGUGGAGUUUGGCCAAAUGAAGCGCUUGAGAUGGAUAUAUUUGGGAUACAACAAUCUCUCCGGCGGAAUCCCCAUAGAAAUCGGAGAUUUGCCCUCUUUGAACCACCUUGAUCUUGUCUACAAUAAUCUUACCGGAGAGAUACCGUCUUCACUCGGGAACUUGCGUGAGCUUCAGUACCUUUUCCUCUAUCAAAACAAGCUCUCGGAUCGGAUUCCGGCAUCAAUCUUUGGACUAACGAAGCUUGUCUCGCUCGAUCUAAGUGAUAAUUUUCUCUCAGGGGAGAUUCCCGAGUCAGUGAAGCAGUUGCAAAGCUUGGAGAUUCUUCAUCUCUUUUCUAAUAACCUCACUGGCAAGAUACCGGAGGGGAUAACUUCUUUACCACGUCUUCAAGUUCUUCAGGUCUGGUCGAAUAGAUUCUCCGGAGAGAUUCCGGCGAAUCUUGGGAAACAGAACAAUCUCACAGUCUUGGAUCUUUCCACCAACAAUCUUACCGGAAAAGUCCCCGACAGCCUCUGCGACUCAGGUCAACUCGACAAGCUCAUCCUCUUUUCCAACUCUCUUGAAGGCCAAAUUCCUCCCAGCUUAGGCGCGUGCAAGAGCUUGGAGCGCGUGAGGCUUCAGAACAAUCGUUUCACCGGUGACUUACCACGCGGUUUCACUGAGUCACCCCUCGUUUACUUCUUGGACUUAUCUAACAACCAACUCGAAGGCAACAUCGGUGCUCGGGCAUGGGACAUGCCACUGCUUCAGAUGUUAAACCUCGGACACAACCACUUCUCCGGCGUCUUGCCGGAUCUUUCCGCAAGCAAAAUGCUCCAAAAAUUGGAACUUUCCGGGAAUAGAUUCACUGGAAAGAUUCCAAGAGGAUUCGGAAGAUUCUCCGAGCUGAUGGAUUUCGAUUUGAGUGAGAAUGAGAUCAGCGGUGAAAUACCAGGCGAAUUGUCUUCUUGCAAGAAACUUGUGAGUCUCGACUUGAGCCACAACUUUCUUACAGGACAAAUCCCUUCAAGCUUCUCUGAGUUCCGUGUUCUUGGCGAUCUUGAUCUGUCCUGUAACCAAUUAUCAGGCGAGAUACCGAAAGAUUUGGGAAAAGUGGAGUCACUUGUUCAAGUGAACGUCUCUCACAAUCUACUUCACGGUAGUUUACCGUCGACCGGAGCUUUUCUUGCCAUAAACGCAACAUCAAUAGCUGGGAACGAUCUCUGCAUCAGCAGUGACAACGAUACCGAAAACACGAGCGGUUUGCCUCUGUGUAAGAGUGUCGUCAGAAAGAAAGCUACGAAGAGUUGGUGGUUCAUCGUUUCUUCGACCCUCGCUGUAGUUUUGUUCGUUCUUACUUCCCUUUUCUUGAUCACUCUCGUUCUCAAGAAGACAACGAGCACUUUCAAGGUCACGAGAGUUGAAGAAGACGGCAACACAUGGGAGAUUCAACUAUUCGAUUCGAUUUUCGCAAAAUCAUUUACGAUCGAAUCGGUUUUAUCAUCGGUGAAGGAUCAAAAUGUUAUCUCGAUCGGGAAAAAGGGUGUCUUAUACAAGGGUAGAUCGGACGGAAAGGGCAUGGAGUUCGUGGUAAAAGAGGUCAAGAACCGAGAUCUUUCGCCCGAAAUCUCGGAAAUCGGAAAGAUUUGCCGUCACAGGAACAUUCUGAGGUUGCUCGGGACAUGUCGGACGGAGAAAGUCGCGUACUUGGUGUACGAACACGUCGAAGGGAAUCGAUUGAGUGAGAUUUUGCACGGUCUAAGUUGGGAGGGGAGGAAGAAAGUCAUCGUCGGAGUUGCCAAAGCUCUUCGGUUUUUACAUCUCCGGUGUUCCCAGGCGAUGUUUUACGGCCAAAUAUCGCCGGAGAGUAUCGUCGUCGACGUCAAAGAUGAGCCACGUGUCGCUCUUGGUCUUCCGGGUCUACAUUGCAUGGAAACUGCUUGCAUGGCCCAAGAAACAAGAGAGAGAAAGGAGAUGAUGACGUGUAAGAGUGACAUCUCUGGUUUCGGGCAACUCCUCCUCCAACUCAUCACCGGAAAAUAUCCCGCCGACGUGGAAUCCGGAGUCAACGGCAGUUUGGUCAAUUGGGCUCGACGAUGUUACUCGGAUUGUCGUAUCGACACGUGGAUAGAUUCUUCGAUCGACACGUCGGAAUACCACGAUGAAAUUAUCAAAGCCAUGAACUUGGCCUUAAACUGUACCGUCGAGGAUCCACGAGACAGGCCAAGUGCCCAAAACGUAGUCGAAACCCUAGAAUCCAUCUUUGGUAUUAGUAGUUCCUGCGCUCCUGGGUUCAAGAAAUUUUCAUCACCUUGAUGAUUAAUUUGGGAUUUUGUUUGUAAUUUUAAGCAAUUUGUUUAGGUUAUUUUUCAUACUUUUUUGUGUUUUUUGCCUCGUUCCAAAGGGAUUGCCGAUCAAUAAGUUUUUUUUAUUUAAAAUUUUUAUGUUGUUGAGUACAUACUGAUGAGUGUAAAAAGGUAUAUAGAUCGAUUAAUGGUUCUUAUUGCGUUGAAUAAAAGUUUUUAUGUCCACUGAA